CCACCAGAUGGCGGUUUAGGAUUGCUGCUCUUCUCUCAAGGCGCGGUUCCGCUCGCACGGCCAAUUUUCAAUAUUAAAAUACGCAAGAUUUUAUAACGAAAAUCGAAUUAUUGUUUCGGAAGGUGAUAAUCUAUUCGGCGAUGGUCGUUAAAGGAGCUGAAGAGAGUUAAGUGCGAACACGUUGAAUUCAGUUCGCCUUCCAGACCAUCCUUCCCAGCCUAGCUGCCUUGUUCUUUUGUCUUUGGACCUAAAUCACACUUGGACCUGAAGAAGUACAUCAACACAGCUACUCACCCCACCGCCUCCCCAGCCGACCAGGAUGAUCACCUCAGAGCUCCCUGUCCUGCAGGACUCGUCGAAUGAAUCUGGGGCAACAGACGCAGUGAGCUUAACUAUGAGCAUGAGUGAGAUGGAGGAUCCAGAGGCAAAAGGGAAGAAGAAGAGAGGAAGGCCCGGAAAACAACCCCUGACAACCAAUAAGAAACCUCGCAGGUCUCCAACAGACAAGACCCUGAGCGUGCCCAGAGGACGAGGGAAAGCCAACGGCGUGGCUCAACAUAAUGGAGAUGGUGGAGACCCUGUCACUCUGUUUGAAGUGGUCAAACUGGGCAAGAGUGCCAUGCAGUCUGUGGUUGAUGAGUGGAUUGAAUCAUACAAACAAGACAGGGACUUGGCACUGCUGGACCUCAUCAAUUUUUUUAUCCAAUGCUCGGGGUGCAAAGGUACUGUAAGAAUCGAGAUGUUCAGGAACAUGCAGAAUGCGGAGAUCAUCCGUAAGAUGACUGAGGAGUUCGAUGAGGACAGUGGAGAUUAUCCUCUGACCAUGCCAGGGCCUAUGUGGAAGAAGUUCCGCUACAACUUCUGUGAGUUUAUCAGCGUUUUGAUCCGCCAGUGUCAGUACAGCAUCAUCUACGAUGAGUACAUGAUGGACACGGUGAUCUCCCUCCUCACCGGGCUGUCUGACUCUCAAGUGCGAGCCUUCAGACACACCUCCACAUUAGCAGCGAUGAAGCUGAUGACGGCACUGGUGAAUGUGGCACUGAACUUGAGCAUUCACCAGGACAACACCCAGAGACAGUACGAGGCUGAGAGGAACAAGAUGGCAGGCAAACGAGCCAACGAGAAGCUGGAACUGCUGCUCCAGAAGAGAAAGGAGCUUCAGGAAAACCAAGAUGAAAUAGAGAAUAUGAUGAACUCCAUCUUCAAGGGAAUCUUUGUGCAUCGCUACAGGGAUGCAAUUGCAGAAAUCCGAGCCAUCUGUAUUGAGGAGAUUGGAGUGUGGAUGAAGAUGUACAGUGACGCCUUUCUUAAUGACAGUUACCUGAAAUACGUUGGCUGGACACUACAUGACAGGCAAGGAGAGGUGCGUCUAAAGUGCCUUAAGGCUCUGCAGAAUCUGUACACAAACCGAGAACUGUUUCCCAAGCUUGAGCUUUUCACCAACCGCUUCAAGGACCGUAUAGUGUCAAUGACACUGGAUAAGGAGUAUGAUGUGGCUGUGGAGGCCAUUCGACUGGUCACACUCAUCCUGCAGGGCAGCGAAGAUGCCUUGUCCAAUGAGGACUGUGAGAAUGUGUACCAUCUGGUCUAUUCUGCCCAUCGGCCAGUGGCUGUCGCUGCUGGAGAAUUCCUGCACAGGAAAUUGUUCAGUCGCCAUGACCCACAGGCAGAAGAAGCACUGGCUAAGCGCAGAGGGAGGAGCAGUCCCAACGGAAAUCUGAUCCGCAUGCUGGUGCUCUUCUUUUUGGAGAGUGAGCUUCAUGAGCAUGCAGCCUACCUUGUGGACUCGCUAUGGGAAAGCUCUCAGGAGCUGCUGAAAGACUGGGAGUGUAUGACUGAACUUCUACUGGAGGAGCCUGUGCAAGGAGAAGAGGUCUUUUCAGACAGGCAGGAGAGUGCGCUGAUAGAGCUGACAGUGUGCACCAUCCGACAGGCAGCAGAGGCACACCCACCUGUCGGCAGAGGAACUGGCAAACGGGUGCUGACAGCAAAGGAGAGGAAGACCCAGAUAGACGAUAAGAACAAACUGACGGAGCACUUCAUCAUGGCUCUGCCAAUGUUGUUGUCCAAGUACCAGGCUGACUCUGAGAAGGUAGCCAACCUGCUGCAGAUCCCUCAGUACUUUGACCUGGAUGUGUACAGCGCCGGGCGCAUGGAGAAGCACUUGGACGCCUUGCUGAAGCAGAUCCGGCUCGUGGUCGAGAAGCACAUAGAGUCGGACGUGCUCGAAGCCUGCAGCAAGACCUAUAGCAUCCUCUGCUCUGAAGAGUACACCAUCAUGAACCGUGUGGACAUCGCCCGCUCCCAGCUCAUUGACGAGAUGACCGAUCGGUUUGCACACUCGGUCGAAGAGCUGCUGCAGGAGGCUGAGGAGGCCGAUGAUGAUGAUAUUUACAAUGUUUUAUCUACACUCAAGAGACUCACAGCCUUCCACAAUGCCCAUGACCUGACACGGUGGGAUUUGUUUGGGAACUGUUACCGGCUGCUGAAGGCUGGCAUCGAGCAGGGCUCCAUGCCAGAGCAGAUAGCCGUCCAGGCCCUGCAGUGCUCCCACUACUCCAUCCUCUGGCAGCUAGUCAAGAUCACAGAGGGGUCUCCCAGCAAGGAUGACCUCUUGGCUCUCAGGAGAGUGGUGAAGUCUUUCCUUGCCGUUUGCCAGCAGUGCCUGUCCAACGUCAACACACCAGUCAAAGAGCAGGCGUUCAUGCUUCUCUGUGACCUGCUGAUGAUCUUCAGUCACCAGCUAAUUUCUGGUGGCAGGGAGGGUCUCCAGCCGCUGGUCUUUAACCCAGACAGCACUCUGCAGAACGAGCUGCUCAACUUUGUCCUGGACCACGUCUUCAUCGACCAGGAUGAUGAGAGUCAAAGCAUGGAGGGAGACGAGGAGGACGAGGCCAAUAAGAUUGAGGCUCUCCACAAGAGGCGAAACCUGAUCGCAGCUUUCUGCAAACUCAUCAUCUACGAUAUUGUAGACAUGCCCGCUGCUGCUGACAUCUUCAAACACUACAUGAAGUAUUAUAAUGAUUAUGGCGACAUCAUUAAAGAGACUCUCAGUAAAACCAGGCAGACAGACAAAAUCCUCUGCGCCAAGACACUCAUUCUCAGUCUGCAGCAGCUGUUCAACGAGCUGCUGCAGGAUCAGGGUCCCAACCUGGACCGGACAUCAUCUCACGUGAGCGGCAUCAAGGAGCUGGCCCGCCGCUUCGCUCUAACCUUCGGCCUGGAUCAGAUCAAGACCAGAGAGGCUGUAGCCACCCUGCACAAGGAUGGAAUAGAGUUUGCAUUUAAAUACCAGAAUCCUCGGGGACCAGAGUUUCCUCCUGUCAAUCUGGCCUUCCUGGAGGUUUUGAGUGAGUUCUCCUCCAAACUAAUCCGUCAAGACAAAAAGACUGUCCAUUCGUACCUGGAGAAGUUCAUGUCUGAGUCGAUGUCAGAGCGUCGGGAAGAUGUGUGGCUGCCGCUGAUCUCCUAUAGGAACAGCCUACUGACGGGAGGAGACGAGGACCACAUGUCGGUCACAUCGGGCUCCAGCAGCAAGACCGGCUCAGUGCGUAGCAAGAAGGGACGACCGCCGCUACACAAGAAACGCAUCGAGGGUAAGGAGACAGAGGAGAGUAGUGUGGAGGGCUCGUGGAUGAUGCGUAACGACACCCUCCAGACACCGGCGCCGCUGCAGACUCCUCAGCUCACCUCAACAGUCCUCAGAGAGAACAGACCGGCAGAACACAUGCCAGACCCAGACUCAGAACCCGGAUCAGAGAACGACUACGUACACAAUCCUCAGAUGCAGAUGUCGUGGCUCAGCCAGCAGAAGAUGGAGGAGGUGAACAGGAAGGAUCGAACAGGCGUGAACUACAUCAAGUCACGCAGUAACCAGGGCGUCCGGCAGACUGUGCGUGGGUUGAUGGAGGAUGAUGCAGAGCCCAUCUUCGAGGAUGUGAUGAUGUCAUCGCGGGGUCAGCUGGAGGACAUGAACGAGGAGUUUGAGGACACUAUGGUGAUUGACCUGCCGCCGUCAAGGAACAGACGUGAAAGAGCAGAAUUAAGACCAGACUUCUUUGAUUCUGCAGCAAUGAUUGAGGACGAGUCGGGAUUCAGCAUGCCCAUGUUCUGAUCUGGAAAGAGGCAGAGACCCUGAGAUCAGGAUCCAGGUCAGCAGUAAACAGAACGGGGGGGGGUUUGGGGACGUUUAUCCCAGAUCACCUACCAAUCAGACUCUUAAGAAGAAGAAGAAAAAAAACUUGAAUUUUCUUUUUCUAAAAGACUUGUUGGAAGGAUGUUUGUCACACAAAUCUACUGAUGGAUUCUGCAUCAGUUGGAUCUCAUUAAGAUGCGUGAAGAAAGGAUUUGCUCUGUUCUUUCAGAAAACCCACAGGAUCCACAGUAUAGUCCAGAUUCUUCAAGAGCUUUGUCGUGUUCCUAUUCUUCCUCCUACUCUUUCUCCUCAGCCUGUUGGUUUAGCUCGUUAGCAGUAGCUCGGAUGGCAUUCUAAGUAAUCCUGCAGUGAGCCGACAAGUACUGGCA